UUGAAUUGUUAAAUUGUUUCUGUUGUACGCCGGAUUAUAUGGCGCAUAGAAAAGCCAAUAAAUAAGAAACAAGUUUAAGUAAAUAAAAUGUAACAAAGCAUAUGUACAUGCAUUGUGUGACUAGUAUAGAGUGAAAUUUUAUGAAACAUAAAAGGAUUAUAGAACAGUGCGAGUGCAGAAGAGUAAUAUAAAACGCGAAGAUACAAACACAUAUGAAUCAAAGUCGGUAGAUGACCGAAAUAUAAAAUAAAGCAUAUGAAAUAAAGUGCAGUCAAAUCAAGCAGCCGCUAGCCGACGUUAAGAUUGCGUUGCAGUUGUCGCUGAGGCGUAAACUUUAAAAGCCUCUGCCCGACGUGCUGUUAUCACUGUUAAUUUUUCGGGUGUUGACCUGAACAAAAACAUUGUUUUCAUUUAGCUUUCAUUAAUUAUAUACUCUUUUUAAAGUAAAUCUAUUUUUAUAACAAAUUCACAUUUAGUAUUAUAAAAUAUGAUAAAUAGGAACUUGUGUUUGGGCAAAUAAACACUUUUAACUAGCGAGCAGCGCAGCACUUAUGACGCGGCAGAUAUAAUGGACUUUCUAUAAGCAGCGCAGUCGCUUCGUGUGCAUUCUUUGUUGUAUCAUUAUGAUAUUUGCCUUUUGAGUAGAUUUUUGACGUGUCUCUGCCUUUCAAGUUUUCAAAGUCUUGUAAGCAGCUUUGCGUUUCGCCCGCUUCUACAACUCCGUUGAUGCUGCUGAUGUGCUGUUUAUUUUACUAAAAUACUUUGACUGAUAUGAUUUGUUGAUUCAAAGUUAAAUAUUUCGAUAAUGAAUUUUUAAAUUUUCAUCACAGUGCGGAGUUUGUUAUCGAACUUGAAGAAAUGCUGAAUGUAUUACAAGUUGAGGAAUAUAAAUGUUAGAAAGUAGUAACAAAUUAAAAGCGAACACCUAUGUGUAUAUGCAUGGCACUUGUCAAUCACCGAAAUUAUCUGAAAAUGCAUAUAUGUAUGUAUGUAUACAUAAUUUUAAAUUAAUAUUAGUAUAAAAUCUAUAAGUUUAGUGUCUAUGUUGAAAACAAAAACGUGAAUUUUCAUAUGUGAAAAGUGUGUUCAAAAUUAAAAGAAAAAACGAGCAAAAUCGCUAAGUACAUGCCUACAUACAUAUGUAUAUGGAUGCACAAAGUGAACCAAAAACAGUUUUAAAGUGUUGAAAUUAAUAAAUUUUUUGCUAGAUAUGUGCAGUAUAUUACUUUGCAUAUUGGAGUGGUGAACAAACCGGUUUCAAGAAACCCACUAAAUACAACGUCAAAGGUUCCUAAAGAAGAAUCCGCUUCAGUUUACGGGCGUACGCAAUAUAGGAACCAGCGGUUUUCAGCCGUACGCCAUACAUUGUCGUUGUUGUUGCAAUGCAUCGAUCAUUGAAGCCGCACGCACAAGCUAAAAAGGUACCACCACCUGCGCUACCCGGAGAUCCGGCACCACAACAACAGCAAAUACCAUUAUACCGUUUAGGUGGCAGCAUUUCGAGCGCAGCUGGUAAGCAGCUAGAUGAUGGCAUCAUAAUGAGUAGCAUGGUAUCGUCGCCAUCAUUGGAGGAGGGCGGUUUUAAUUUGCCACGUGAGCCAUCGGUAGCACUGCGCAUGAAAGAUGAAAUAAGUGAAUACGCUACAGCUAUGUCAACGUCAGGCACAUCACAAUCAUCGGGAUCCUCUGCUGUUGCAGCUGGUAAACAACAAACGGCAGCUCAAGCAGCUGCUGCUGGCGCAUCACUUUUGUCCACCGCAACUAAUCCGCUGCUCAGCGGUUGUCCACCCACAAUAGUGCCAUGCCCUCCGCCCGUGUUUUGCGCCACACUACGCGAACCACUCACACACAAAGCAGCAGUCUACUAUCAUCAACAGUUGGCAUUGCAAGAGGAUCAGGGCAUCGAUCUGACACAAUCGCCAGGUCGCGAUUCGCCCGGUUCGUCGUCGGGUUCAGCUGGUUCUGGUUCGCGACACUCCACCGCUAGCUUGGAUUCGGGUCGUGCCUCAUCGUAUUUGACUGGCGUGUCUGGUGCAUCGAUACGUGGUAGUGCGGGCGGUGCACUCUCAUCACCGCGUUGCAGUUCGGUGAGUUCGUGUUCCAUCGGCAGUGUGGAUCGGCAACGUAACGAUGAACUCAUCAUCGAUUGGCUGAUGGAGAUGAAGUAUGAGGAAUAUGCACAAUUGUUUAUAGCGGCCGGUUACGAUUUACCGACCAUUGCACGAAUGACCCCCGAAGAUUUGACGGCGAUUGGCAUAAAAAAUCCACAUCAUCGUGAGCGUAUAAAACAGCGUAUCGAUAAGUUGCAAGUAUUGGAUAACUUGCCACACUUUGUGCCGGGUUCCAUUGAAGAAUGGCUACAGCUGUUACGCCUCGAAGAAUACAUCCAACCGUUGCUCGAUCAAAACUACAAAACUGUACGCGAUGUAACUCAAGUCACUUGGGAAGACUUGGAGGACAUUGGUAUUGUUAAGCUGGGACAUCAGAAGAAGAUUCUAUUGGCCAUUAAGCGUGUAAAAGAUAUCAUAAGUGGAAAGUGGAAUCCAGGCGGCACCAAUGCUUACCAACAACAGGAUUAUCGCAAUAAGGUUUGGCCCACUGCCGUGCCACUACCCACUACACCAACAUAUUUGCCAACCACGCGCGUUUCGUGGGACGAUUCCAAAAUUUAUGCUUCGCCCGGCGUUGAUGCCGUCUACUUUUGCACCGGCAACCAUCACGAGUGCUGCAAUGGCAACGAUGUGGUGCCCAUUAAGGUGCGCCAGCCACGCGGCAAAAGCUUAGAAUCACUCGAGGAUAUUCACGACAAUAGCACACGCAGCCAUUUGACCUUUAGCCAUUAUACAGCCACUGAUUAUGGCCACUUUGCGCAUCCAACGCCUGCAAUGCAACAGCAACAUCAUCAACAAGCCUUGCAACACCAACAGCAACAACAUCAGCAGGCCAUGCAGCAUCAUCAGGCCGCAUUAAUGGGCGGCGCUGUUGUGGGCGGACCAGGUGGUGCUGGCGGUGCACGCUUGCUUAGCAAUCCAGCCGCUAUGUCUUGGCGCCGCUCUUACGACGAUGGUGAUAUCACUCCCACCAACGAUGCCACUCGCGAACUUAUGUACGAGGAGGGUGGUGGCACAUUGCCCCGUCAGCAGCGCGGCAUUUUGCAGCGGGCCGUGUUGAAUAGCAUGCCGCCUUUGGAGCAUCACUACAUGAAUGCAGCUGCUGCAGCAGAAUAUGUAUGUCAUGCAGCUGGUUUGGGCGUUGGCGGAGGCGUGCCAGGUGCGGGCGCACAUGUCGGUAGUGCCGGCGCCGCUGUCGGCGCAUCUGGCUGUGUUUUGGACGGUGCCGGUCUGAACGCAUCCUACUUGACCGGCAGUCCAAUGAGUAAUAAGAAAAUCGCACCAGAACCACCGCGUCGCCAUUGCAGUAUACGAAAUUCACGUACGUUGAGUGCGGAUAGCGCGCAACAGCAGCAACAAUUGCAACAACAACAACAGCAGAUUGCCGUGCAUGCCGGUGCCGCAGUAACGCCUGGCCUCUACUAUGGCGGUGCUGGUGGCAUGCACCAUGGCGGCAUGUACAUGACGCAUGCGCAGCAACAGGCAGCAGCGGCGGCCGCAGCAGCAGCAGCCAAUCAACCGAUCUACGCGAAUUACGCAACCAUACAGCAGACCACGGCGGAAAUACACUGCGAGAAAUUCCAUGACAAUAAGUCAAAUUCCAGCAUCGAUUCCAUCGACACCAUACCAUUUGCCAACGAAAACACAGGCACCAUCAAGCAACGCUUACUCAAUCGCCAAGAUAUUGGUGGUCAGCAGCAGCCCUUGCAAUCGAGCACCACUUCGCAUCUGCAUUCCUCCUCGUCGUCGUCCUCUUCAUCGUCGACCAACACCAUUGCCAACAUAGCGCACUCAUUCCACUCGCUUAAAACAUCUGCCUCGCUGCACGACGCUUCGCUGAUACGCAGCGACAGCAUCGGCAGCAACACGAGCGGUGGCAGCGCCGGUGCCAGUACCGGUGGUAGCGGCAGUGGCUUACUGCUCUUGCGCUCACCCACAUUACAAUAUCCACCGACUGAUGCAACGAAUGCCGUUAGCGGCGGCGGCGGCUCCUCAACGACUAUCACCACCACAGCGGAUUUGCAUACGCCCAGCGGCGCUGAAGGUACUGGGGAAGCAACGUGUGAAGGCGGCGUUCCAACAGUUGGCAGUGAAGACGCCGAUGCGUCAGGUGCAUCUGCUGGUGCGAAUACAGCUACGAUUCCGACGCCUGGCCAAAAGGUGUCUGUGAAUGUGCUCAACGACAUUGGCAACAUGUUGGCCAAUUUAACAGACGAACUAGACGCCAUGCUGGAGGAGGAGAAACGUAUUGGCCUGAAUAUCGAUAGUGAAUAAACAUAAGUGGGGUAUCAUUCAUAGGGUAAUGCACAGUUCACGAACUAGAAAUUUUAAUGUUCAAAUUGUCGGGGUUUUGUGUACUUUUAUCGCUGUAUUUGUGUGAAAACUGCUGUUUUGGGGUAAGUGCUGGCCAAAGGCAAAAACGAACUAAUGUGAUUGCAAAUUCCAAUGAAAAAAAUUAAAUAUUAACUGAAACAAACGCAAUUUUAAAGACUUAAAAGCGCUAAUAAAAUUGUAUGCAGCGAUAACCCGAAAAACCCCACUGUAAGUUUAAAUUAUCUUUGCAAUAUACUGUUAUUAUUCUGCUGCGGCACUCAUUGGAGCCGUGUGUGUUUGUGCCUGACAUGCCGGUAAUAGGCGUUGGGUUCGAUUUCUACUUCGGUCAUAGAACACAAAAUUUUAUUCCAAUAGGCAUUCAGCCA